CUUUGUCAACCCACAAGCAAGGAAGCAAUGAAAAGACAAUUUGAUCAUGAUAUAUUGUUCUGCAUUCGCACAUUCCCUAUAGUCGCUGAAUAUCUUCCCAUACAGCUUCAGAUCAAUGAUGAGCUUCUCCUCAGAAGAAUAGAACUGGACAAUAGCCUCCUGACAAACUCAAUCACAUCCAUUUGCUGGAUCAAACCUCCCCAGCGCAGAUCUCUGGAACAGUGCAAGGCCUUUGCCCUCAUCUAUAUAGCAGACCCCCACUCCGCCAAUCAUCAUGCAAGCUGGAAUUGCUGCUGCCCAUAA